GUCCGCUCAGUUGCAUAGUCCGUCGCCGUUUUGGCUCAAGCGCGUUUGUGCCCACAGCUGUUACGGCCAGCCACCGCCCCAACGUUGGCACCCGCGGGAGCCGCCAUGGCGGCCAUGUUCGAGCGCCUCGGUGAGUCGCCGCGGCCGUCGGAGGAGCUCCUGGGCGAGACCGCCGCGGAGGGCGACGCAGACCCAGAGGCCCGCGGGGGCGGGUCGGGGCUGCUCGUGGGCCGCGCAGCGCCGCCUUGUCGGUGCCAAGGAGCGCCCAAGAGUGUGGCUUGUACGGCCGGUAUCUUGUGCAUGGCCCUGGUCGCGAUCACGCUCAUGCGCAAGUCUUCUCUGGCGGAGAUUGUGGGCGUCGCGACCGUAAGCAGGGCCACUUCGAUGGCCGCAGGCAGCGGCGCUGGUAAUUCCACCGCAGGCAGCGGCGUGGGCAAUUCCAUUAUUGCCGAGAAGACAGGCUGCGCCAACUGGCAUUCGUCCUCUCUGGAGGUAGACUUUCGGUCAGAUGCAGAUUCGUGCGUGGACCUGUGCCGGCAAACUCGGGGAUGUCUCGCCGCGAACUUCCAGAUCGAUAAGUGUGACGGACAUCGCCGGGAGGAGAGGUCAGGCGUCGGGGCAUGCUACCUCAUGAACGAGCCGUGCAUCGAGGGGCCGAACGACUGCUGGAACGUGUACACUUUGACAUCGGACGAAGUGCAGUCAAACCACUUUGGGUCGCUCAUCACACGGGGCGCGGGGUGCUCGAACAUCGAGGAUAUCAGCAGGGAUGGGCCAGUCACGGAGUUCAGCUAUUACGUAUGCCAGAACAAUUGCGAGAAGGACCCCGAUUGCGUCGGCGUUCUGUUGAAGGCCCCAGGGUGCGUGGCCGCCAAGACAGACAAGGCCGACGACGAGGGGCAGGUGUGCCAGUUGCUGUACGGUGUCUGCGAGGAGGAUAAGAGCCCAGACUUCGCCUGCUGGGACGUGACCUACCAGGCAGAGGACACGGGGUCAUCGAAGAGGCGCUCCCCGAGCGCAGGCGGUUCGAGCGCCGCAGGCAGUACGAGCGCCACGACGUCAGUCGAUCCGAGCGCGAGCACAGGCGGUUCCCAAUCCGCAGGCGGUCAGGACGCUGCAAGUGACAUGGCACACCUGUUCUCCCUCCAGCAGGAUGCGAAAGAAGGUGCCACUCACUUCCGAGUGACAAAGCCAGAAUGCUUCAGGGUUGGCGACACGGUCGAACUCUUCCACAGUGACAGCGACUUCGCCCACAGGUACACGAUCGCAGGAGUUGGUUCACAGCUCCUAUUCUCUCCGCCGCUCACGCACGAGUACUCGCAGGGCACGGCGGUGCUCAGAGUCCACUAUCCAUACAGCGUGUCGCACUGUGGUGAUUUCCCUUCCGACUGAGGCGCCCGCCCGCAUGGGAGACCGAUCGACGUAGGCCGAGACAAGUAGCUGGGAACUUUUGCCUCAUGGCAUGACCUUUGUGGUGUAGCUUCCAAAGUGCGGGAAGUAGGGACGCUGCUAUACUUUGACUAUUUUUGCUCUGACGAGCGUCCUGGGAAGGCCUUCUCCCAUGAGCGUGGGACCAGGGGGAGAGAGGAGGAGUGGGACACGACGACGACGAGGAGGAGUGGUGGGCAGCGGGCGACUGCGCUCGGGAGCCUCUGCCCGCGCUCCGCUCCCGGGGAGGCCUCCGGCUGCCGCAAGAGGCUCGCGGCCCGAGUUGUAUGAGGCAAGCCCAACUCGGCCGUGCCGCGCAUUGCUCUUCUUGCCACUGGCAUCUCCCCUCCUCUUCCUCCUCCUUCUUCUCCUCCUCCUCCUCUUCCUCCUCCUCCUCCUCCUCCUCCUCCGUCUCUCCUCCCACACUUCCUCGGAGAUGUCCGGUCGUGACAACCGACAGCUCAGCCAGGCAUUCUUCAGAUCUGAUCGUACCUGUCUGCGAAGCUUGCAGAAAAACAGUUCCGCUCAGUUGCAUAGUGCAGCAGGUCAGUCACUGUCCAGCUUUUCAUUCGCUGCUCCCGAGGAUGGUUGGUUGUACAUCGCCUGCUUGCCUAGGUGUAGAUGUUGUUGAAUGUGAUAUUUGAUCUCUCUGAUGCUGUCUCUCCAAUGACUGAUGUAGAUUUCUCGCUCGCAUCCUUGGAGUGUUUGGAGGUAGGUGAACACAGCUUUUCGUCGCCGCCAUGUCUUCUUCCAUGCGAUCUGGCUGAUGUUCAUGGUCUGGUAGCACUGCUGCACUUGCAGUAGUAAGUGUGCCUGUUCUUCUGUUUGUAAGUAGCUCUCCACACAUGGUACGCUCCACAUCUUCUGGUUCACCUCGCUGAUCUGCUGGUCGUUGCUGAGGUCCACCGCCCAGGAAGCUGCCCACACACAAAGGUCGUUCAUUAGAAUUCGAUGCUCCUGGUGUGGUGUUCAGGCUCAGGUCCUGGUAUGUUGGUGAUGUUCUGCUCUGUGAUGCCAUCGUCGUCGGCUGCAUCUUCUGCCUCGACAGCCUGUGCCCAGAAUACUUCGCCCCCAUGGCAUCCUUCUGCUGGUGGCUCGCCUGCGGCUUGUAGCGUAAUCCCUGUGCUGGCUCUGUUGACCCGC